AUGGCUGGAAAAAUGACGUUGUACAAGCUGGUGGUGUUGGGAGAUGGAGGUGUUGGAAAGACCGCCCUUACCAUUCAGCUGUGUCUUAAUCAUUUUGUCGAAACAUACGAUCCAACCAUCGAAGAUUCAUAUCGGAAACAAGUCGUGAUCGAUCAACAAUCGUGCAUGCUCGAGGUGCUGGACACAGCGGGUCAGGAAGAAUAUACCGCACUACGAGACCAGUGGAUCCGGGAUGGGGAAGGUUUUGUACUGGUGUACAGCAUCACAUCGCGCGCCUCAUUCUCCCGCAUCACAAAAUUUUACAACCAAAUCAAGAUGGUCAAAGAAUCGUCAAGCUCCGGUUCGCCUUCCGGUCCUAGCUACUUGAACUCGCCCAUGAGCACAUCAUCGGGUCCCGCAAUGCCCGUCCCCGUCAUGCUAGUUGGCAAUAAGAGUGACAAGGCUGUAGAGCGUGCAGUCUCAGCACAGGAAGGCCAAGCAUUGGCCAAGGAGCUGGGAUGUGAAUUUGUUGAAGCCUCCGCCAAGAACUGUAUCAACGUGGAGAAGGCCUUUUAUGACGUUGUCCGCAUGCUACGCCAACAGCGACAACAGAUGACAGGUGGACGUGGCGGAGACCGUCGUCCGACAGGCUUUGGAUCGGGCCACCGCGAUCGCGACGCAGGCCCCGAAUAUCCCAAGUCCUUCCGUCCUGACCGGUCUCGACAUCGCAGUCGUCUCUGUACUCUCUUGUGA